UCUUAUAAAUCCGAAGGUCUCUUCACCCAUGGAGUAUUGUAUUGCAGUCGUCCGGACGGGAAGUGCAAGCAUGCUUUCCCCAUUUGGCGUUAUCCUCGCGGCAAAUGUCUUCGCCACCCUUCUGCUAGGAGUUUUCACACUUCCGCCGAGCCGAAUCGUUCGAGGAUCUCAUGCAGCCCUCGGAGAGUUUCCCUUCAUUAUUUCCUUGAGAUGGAAAACCUAUGGACACCUCUGCGGGGGCUCCAUCAUAAGCCCAAGGCAUGUUCUAACAGCCGGUCACUGCGCCGAUGAAUUAACUUCUGAGGAAUUGAACGUCGUCAGUGGAUUUGUCAACGAACAUGACAGAUUCGCGGUUGUCACGAAAGUCAAGAACAUCACGAUGCAUCCAAACUUUAUUGCAAAAGCCAAGGGAGGGCGGGUGCAGAAUGACCUAGCAGUUCUCACUCUAACGGACGACUUGGUAUUGGAUGGUUACCGGCGAGAUGCAAUAAGGUUACCCAUUAAACCCUAUGUGGCGAACACUAGUGGAAUCACCGCCGGAUGGGGUUAUACACAGCCACUCCUCGAGCAAGAUGACUACACAGACAGUUCAGCUGAUCUCAACAAGCUGAAUGUCACCAUUGUAACUCAUGACGUUUGUCGUAAAUCACGACUUCCACCUUUUGAGUAUCAGAUUUGUGCUACUAAUACGAAUGGGGUUGUGUGCCAGGGCGACAGUGGAGGGCCACUAGUGAUUGACAAUGUCCUUGUGGGUGUUCUUUCUACUUCAAGUUGCCUCAUUGGAUCGACGCCCGCAUUCAUGGAUGUUUACUACUUCAAAGAUUUUAUUGAGAAAGCGAUGAACGCGGUUUAA